AUGCUAUUCCCAUCAGGAGCAUAUCACCAGGUGAGCCUGGUGCCAAAGGACUCCAACACUCAGAAAGUGUCCCACUGGCUGAGCUGUUUCACACCAGAUUGCGUGGCUUCUCGUCCUGCCUGCCACCCACUAGCAUUAUUUUGUACAAGAUCGAAGCUGAAUGCUGUCAUGCUGACCUUGGUGAGACAUGUGGCGGGGACUGGAGCAGAGGGGGAGUGGGAAUGUGGUGUGCAGAUGUGUGAAGCUAGCUAUGGACCAAAUCCAAUUUGCAAAGGCUGUUUAUCUUGUUCAAAGGAUAAUGGGUGCAUCAGAUGCCAACACAAGUUAUUCUUCUUCCUACGAAGAGAAGGAAUGAGACAAUAUGGUGAAUGCUUUUGCCCAUCAGGGUACUACGGACUCCGAACGCCAGAUAUGAACAGAUGUUCAAGAUGCAGAAUAGAAAACUGCGACUCCUGCUUUAGCAGAGACUUUUGUACCAAAUGCAAAACCGGCUUCUACUCGCACAGAGGCCGCUGCUUCCGAGGAUGCCCCCCUGGAUUUGCAGCCUUGGAAGAGCUUAUGGAAUGUGUGGAGGGCUGUGAAGUGGGUCAGUGGAGUGAGUGGGGAACUUGCAGCAGAAAUAACAAAACAUGUGGAUUUAAGUGGGGCCUGGAAACAAGAACAAGACAAAUCGUGAAGAAGCCAGCAAAAGACACGAUACCAUGUCCAACUAUUGCAGAAUCCAGACGGUGUAAAAUGGCCAUGAGGCAUUGCCCAGGAGGUACUCACUGUGAAGUAGCAGGAGGCAGAGAUGCUGGUUACAGGGAAGCUGAGAUUGAGCAGAUCCUGGCUGUUAAAGAGGACACUUUGUCUUUUUAA